AGAUAAAGUCCAAUCCAUGACAAAUUAAAUUUAAUUAUAUUAAAUAAUUUAAUUUGUCAUGGUCCAAUCGCAGUCGCAUUUAUUUAAUGUUAAACGCUCUAGGCAACGGCCAAUUGGCGGCCUCGUUACUGUUGUCUAUUACCCGUCAGCAGACUGCUACUGCCGACUGCCGUGAUUAAUGACGUCAACGUCCGACAGUCGACGUCGACCUCUUCGAAACGAAUCGUCGUCGUUGUCAAUUAUUUGUCACUGUGUAAUCGCUGUACACUGUUCGGUUCAUUUUCGUGUUGUACUCCGUCUUCGAUCUCACGUUCAUCAUUCAGCAGCGGCUUGUUUUGUGUUUUGAUUUGAUCACACACUGCUGACGCGUAUUGAAUUAUGGCUCGUACUAAGCAGACUGCUCGUAAAUCUACCGGAGGAAAGGCUCCGCGUAAACAGUUGGCCACUAAAGCCGCCCGCAAAACCGCAGCCUCAACAGGUGGAGUAAAGAAGCCUCAUCGUUAUCGUCCUGGUACUGUCGCUCUCCGUGAGAUUCGUCGUUAUCAAAAGUCUACCGAGUUGCUGAUCCGCAAAUUGCCUUUCCAACGUUUGGUCAGAGAAAUUGCCCAAGAUUUCAAAACAGACUUGCGUUUCCAAAGUGCAGCUAUUGGAGCUUUGCAGGAAGCCAGUGAAGCAUACUUGAUUGGUUUGUUUGAAGACACCAACUUAUGCGCUAUUCAUGCCAAACGUGUUACCAUUAUGCCUAAAGACAUUCAGUUGGCUAGACGUAUCCGUGGUGAACGAGCCUAAUUCAUCUUCUUAAGUAUAAUUUUUUUCAUUUGACAAUUUUUCUAGACCAUAUUUUUACGUUUAAUUAGUUCAUAUCUUUUCUUUUUUUAAUAAAUAAACAUAUAUAUCAAUAUGAGUGGGUGUAAUAUUAGUGUGUAGAAAUCCUUAAUUUUUUUUUAUACCUAUUUAAUUAAAAGUUCAUUUAAAGAAACAAUUGUUUUGAAUAAUAAUAUAAGCAUGUUAAAUUAUUUAACUUUAUAUUAAAUAAUGCAAAUGUCAUAUUACAA